AUGGCCACAAUCAAGCCCAUUGAGGGGCGCUCCGUCCACCAGAUCCAGUCCGGGCAGGUCAUUGUCGACCUGCAGUCGGUCUGCAAAGAACUCGUCGAGAACAGCAUCGAUGCAGGCGCCACCUCGAUCGAGGUCCGCUUCAAGAACAACGGUCUCGAUGCCAUCGAGGUACAAGAUAAUGGCGCCGGCAUCGCACCGGCCGACUACGACACGAUAGCCCUCAAGCACUACACGUCCAAGCUCUCCACCUACGACGACCUCACAUCCCUUCAGACCUUUGGCUUCCGCGGUGAAGCGCUGUCUUCGUUAUGUGCGCUCUCCAAGUUCCACAUCGUCACGGCCCGAGCAACCGACGGCCCAAGAGGCACCAGACUUGAUUUCGACCAGUCUGGGAAGCUCAAAGGGACAUCAAUAGUGGCGGCCAAGCAGGGCACGACAGUCGUAGUGGAGACGCUCUUCUACAACCUGCCUGUGCGGCGAAAGGAGCUGGAGAAGAACAUCAAACGGGAGUACAACAAGGUGCUGGCAUUGCUGAAUGCAUAUGCAUGUAUCAGCGUAGGCGUCAAGUUCUCUGUGACCAACCUAAUGUCCAAGGGGAAGAAGACCAUCGCCUUUUCCACCAAUGCCAACCCCAGCACAAGAGUGAACAUCUCGAAUGUGUACGGAGCAAAGACGGUUGCAGCUCUUAUCCCUCUCGAUCUUGACUUCAGCAUGGAGCCCUCUGAUCGACCAGGCCCUACACAGAGCGCUAGAAACCGGAGUACACAAGAAGACUUGGGGUCACGGAAAGUCAGGAUUGUCGGCCACAUUUCGCGGCCUGUUGUUGGCGAGGGACGCCAGACGCCAGACCGCCAGAUGUUCUUUGUCAACUCACGGCCCUGCAACCUACCUCAAGUAGCCAAAGCUUUCAACGAAGUGUACAAGUCGUACAACACAACACAGUCACCCUUCAUCUUCGCCGACAUACAACUUGACACCGAAGCAUACGAUGUCAACGUCAGCCCGGAUAAGCGGACAAUUAUGCUGCACGAUCAGAUGACCUUACUAGAGAGCUUGAAGGAAUCUUUGGCCGAGUUGUUUGCUGGUCACGAUCAAAGCGUGCCCCAGGCGCAGCUGCUCGGGAAGCAGCAGUCUACCUUCAAACCACCAUCCAUGCAGUCUCGAGGUAGCACACUAUCGGUUGCAGCAGAUGACCGCGGUGAUGUUGACGUUGCAGUCGAGGCACAUUCUGAGAACCGAAAUAGAGAGAGCGUGCGUACAAAUGCUGAGGCGCCGAAUGGUGCUUUUCCAGGUUUUGUCAAGGCAAGUUUGAUCGAGAGCUUUGCAGAACGGGAUGCCCGAGAUCGAGUGGUCAGACGGCCGUCCAGGCGCCACCCAAGCAGUUCGCCAGAUAACAGUAAGGCGAUAGAGGGUCAUCCUACAGGGAGGCGGCGAAGUCUGUCACAGGAAGCAGACCGCACGGCGAAUGAGCCUCGUCAGCGAUCUCAAUCACCAUUGUUCGAACCCGAGCAGCCGGGAUCACCGUGUCGAAUUGGGUUGGGGCCACCUCCCAGAGAUGUGCAGGACUUCAAUGCUCGUAUUGCGGCUAUACAUGCGCGACAAGUUGAGCGUGAGCGAUCACCUAGAUCGCCAGGCCCCACCCCGGCAGACACUACGAACGACGAGGAGCCUAUUCCAACCGUCAAGCAAACACCUCAGAAAGCGUUUCCGCAAAGCAGUAUACAAAACGCCUUCGAUCGUAUGCGUCCCAUGCGAACACCUAUCCAGCAAGCGACAGUCACCGUGGGAGACUUUACGACAACAACCACUAUUGGAAGUGGCAGUCAGUCAAGAUCUGCUAAACGAGCAAGGAUUCAUACACCUAAAUUUUCCUUGACCGGUACACCCUUGAGCCAAAACCCGAAAGUGUCACUGUUCACGAAAAGCCUUCGAGGCUUUGCAGCGCCUGGUACACAGACUCAGGGUAGUGACGAAGAAGAGGAUGAAGAUCAGAACAGCAGCAUGCCAAUGACAUUGCAUACGCCCACGCGGCAGAUGCGAGCGGUAUCAAAAGCUUUUGAAGAGCCUCGGACCGAUGACCUGAUGGAGUCUUCAAGUGCGCCACCACCUCCUGAAACCGCGGUGGAGCAGCCGCUCGAUAGCGACGUAGCUAUGCCUGAUGCUCAUGAAGCAGAGGGUUUUGAUGGAGAGUACAUCGAUGAAGAGGAGAAGAAAGCUCGCGAAGAGGCGAGAAUCGUGCGGCUAAUUGCUGAGGCCGAAGAGGCAGCUGCUCGCCCAACAGAGAUGAACCUUAAGCGGGCGAACAAGCUGUUCAAAGUGUCUCACAACAAACACUCGACUAUUCAUCUUGAACGCGUUGUCGAGACGGAUGUCACAUCGAUAGCGCGGCAUCUUCGCAAUAUCCAGGCAGGCUUUGUCAUUGCAGGAGCAGAUACAGGCGCAGCAGCCGCACUACCCACGAGCACGCAACUAAACAAAGAGGACCCGGAAGAGCGAUUGAGUCUUACGGUGAGCAAGGCGGACUUCAACGAGAUGCAGGUCAUCGGCCAGUUCAAUCUGGGCUUCAUCAUCGCAGUUCGACCUCCUACCUCCACAUCGCCGACCUCAGACCUCUUCAUCAUCGAUCAGCACGCCUCAGAUGAGAAGUACAACUUCGAACGUCUCUCCGGCAGUACUGUGCUCGUCUCCCAGCGGCUCGUACACCCGCAUCCUCUUGAACUGACAGCGGUUGAGGAAGAGAUCAUUCUGGCCAACGAACAUUCCCUGACUGCCAACGGGUUCAUUGUUGAAAUGGAUACGUCGAACGAGGAGCGCCGCGCUAAACUUACCAGCCUGCCAAUGUCCAAGGAAGUGACGUUUACUCCUACCGAUCUCGAAGAGCUUCUCGCCCUAGUCAUUGACAACCCACCGUCGUCCUCGACGUCAACGUCAGCGUAUAUUCCCAGGCCAAGCAAAGUGAGAAAGCUGCUGGCGAGUCGCGCAUGCAGGAGUUCAGUCAUGAUUGGCAAGACGCUGCAGACUGGGCAGAUGGAGGGCAUUGUAAGACACAUGGGCAGUAUGGACAAGCCGUGGAGCUGUCCGCAUGGACGGCCAACCAUGAGACAUUUGUACGGGUUAGAAAGGUGGGAAGGGUGGAGUGAGGGCGACGGGGUGGUUGGUGUCGACGUACGGGGCGAGAGGGCGGAUUGGGCUGGGUUCUUGAACAAGCAUAGAGUCCGAUAG